AUGGGGAAGGGAGAGCAAAAGCCAAACUCUUCAGACGAAGAGGAAGUGUUGAACCGCCACAGUGAUGUGGAGAAAGAGAACAAACGGGCGUCAAACACCAAGAAGUCAUACCGGGAAAGAUCUUGCUCGUUGUGCGUUUUCAUCCCUGUGUGCAUGGUGCUGGUGCUCCUCAUCUUCGCCCUGCUGGUGGCCUUGGCUGUUGCACAUACAGGACCCCAUUUGCCUCACCCAGACUUCUCCCACGUGUGCCCAGGCACCUGGCUUGGUUUCCAAGGGAAAUGUUAUUAUUUUUCUGAGACCGAAAGCAAUUGGACCACCAGUCAGGAAAGCUGUGAGGCCCUGGGAGCUUCACUGGCCCUCAUAACCACCAUGGAUGAACUGGCCUUCAUUAAACGCUAUAAAGGCGAGGCUAACCAUUGGUUUGGGCUGCGAAAGGAGUAUAACAGCUGGUGGUGGAGCAAUGGCACAGCCUUCAACAACUGGUUUGAGGUGCGGGGCGGUGGACACUGUGCAUACCUGAACCAGGAGAGGAUCAGUUCGUCCCUGUGCCACACAAAGAAGCACUGGCUCUGCAGCAGACCUGAUGAGUAUGUCCUCUGGAAGCAAAAAGCAUUUCCAUAA